GUCCCAAUGUCUGAUCUCAAUCCCACACUUCCUCUUACCAAUUUGAUUCAUCUCUUCGAAAAGAAGAUGGCAUCCCAACCAAAUCAUGAUUUUGUCCUGGCUGAUGAGCAGCGCCGCAGCCUGGGCUAUCGCCUGCUCCUCGAAGAACAGCAGCGCCGUCUCGAGGCUCGCAAGAUGGCCGAGGCAUCCAAUCAUCCUCCCAUCUGCCCUCACUACUCUGUCUCUGGUCAUUCGGACUGCUUUUAUUGUCAUCAAAAUGCCCUUGCACAGCCAUCCAACGCAACCGACACUCUUUUGAGAAGUCUGACUCGUCCUCGCUUUCAGGCUACUCCCACUUCUGUAAAGACAGAGACUUCUUACCUUCCAUCUUCGGCCUCGACCGAUGAGACCAUCAACCACCUCAGCCAUCUCAUCACCCCUAGAUCGACUGCCUCAACUAUCCCUUUGACCGACGAUGGCAUCUACACCCAGGACCCAUACCACAAGCUGAUCUCCAGCAGGCCUCGUAUACCUACUAUCACCCCAACAAAGGCUACUACUGUUACCGCUCCUUUCCUUCCGGUCCUUGCUGAGGCCAAGCCUGCUCCACCACUUCCCUGGAAAGAGCUUCCUGUCGAGAAAGGCUUCGUCCCUGUUCGCAUCCCACCAACUUUCUCCCGCUUCUUGUCUCUUCCUCUCGAGAUUCGUCAGCGUAUCUACGUCUACCUCGUCUACAAUGGUAUCCACGGUCUUCUGAUCCCCAAAGACUUGAGAGCUUAUCAUCAAGCCCCUAUCACUCGCGUCAACCGUCAGAUCCGCAGCGAGUCGAUCAAAUUGGUCUAUACAGAGAACGCCUACAACGCAAAGACUCGUGAGCUCAUCAAAUACGGUCCCUCCUUCACACUUCAAGUUGGAGGUGCUCGAGUUCAGCUCAUUCGCGAUUUUGCAUGGUACACAGCCAAACGCCACCUGUUCAUCAACUUCAUUCCGAAUGGCAAUAGCUACCACUCAAACAUCACCUUCAGGGGUCCCAAAGGCAAUGAAGAGAUAGGCGCAGUCGCUCAAGAGAGAGCCAAUGAAGUUUAUCGAUACCUGAGAAAGCAAGGUGGUCUUUCCUGCUUGACCCCUGAGCACUUGGGCAAAAUCGACGACAUCGUCCUCCGUAUCACUCCCAGAGCCAAGAACAAGGCAGAUGAAGAGCCUACCCAGUAG